GGGCCUCUUCCUCUUCCACUUCCUCUUCCGCUCUGAUCACACUUCGCGCCAAGGAGGAUUUGUUAUUUUUUUUAAAGGAGCUGCUCGUGUAAACUAGUCUCGUCACGAUCAAUAAGAAAAACUCAUUUAUUUUGUCGUGGAUUAUGGACAUCAGGCGGUUCUUUGUAUCAAGCAAACCCGCAGCACAGAAACCAUCUCAGGAUGGAACCCUGAACACAGAGAAGGAAUCCACGAAGAAGAAGAAGAAGCAAUCUGUCUCAACAGACGAAGAAGUGAAGAAGAAGAAACCUGUCACCAAGAUCACCAGCCCCAAGGUGGAGAAGAAGAAGAAGAAGGACAAUGAUAAAAAGAGAAAGAGGCGUGCUGUCAUCGAGUCAGACUCUGAGGAGGAGGUAGUGAAGCAGAAGGCCCAGAAACCAAACCCUCCUCUUCCUCCGGCUCCUCUUCCUCCUGCCAAGAAAGACCCUGUGCAGUACGUCUCUGAGACAGAUUCAGACAGCGAUAACUUCCUGUCUCUGAAGAAGUCCCAGGCUAAGCCCCAGGGUAAUGGAGUGCCCAAACCAGGGAAGGCCCGCCCCAGGACCAAAGAGAUCCACAGGUCCCCCCCGAAACCCACCCUUGUUCCCGCCACAGGGAAAGGAGGGAUGAAGAAGUCUCCUCCAGCCCCCGUCACCCCUAAAUCAGCGCCCCCGCAGACCAAACGCACCCCCACCUCUGUCCUGGACUACUUUGGCAGUGGGAGUGUGCAGCGCUCGGACAGGAAACUGGUGGCCAGUACCAAGAGGAAAACUCUCUCUCAGGACCCUGAUGAGUCGCUGACUGAUGAGGUCAUCGCCCAGCAGCUACAGAUGGACGAGGACAUGGAGUUGGAGAGGCAGGUCCACGAGGACGAGGAGUUUGCCAAGACGCUGGCCAUGUUGGACCAACAACCACACGCCAAAAAGGCUCGUAAAUACUCUGGUGAGGAUCUGGGGUCUGCCAUGUCAGCCAACAAAAGCAGCGCUAACUCCUCCCACAGCAGCACUGCCAGCCAAUCACAGUCCAAUGGGCGGGAUCACAACCAGGACGUGAUCGGUCCGUCCCCUAAAAAGGUCCCCCCUCUUGUUAAGACCAGUUCCAAACUGUCCAUGAUGAAGAAAAGGGAGGAGGAAGAGGACGGAGGAGGCAAGACAAAUCUGAGUAUCAACGCGUCCGUCUCUCCCAAAAAGGAGUUCCUAACCCCUUCGAGCACAGACAGGAAGUCCAAGCUCAAAACAGGAAGUGUAACCAUGGUGACCACACCCACGACUCUUAAAACCUCCCCCAAGAAAGAGAGUACCAGUCCAGAGGAAUCAGAGAAGAAGCGAGGGAACUCCUCAGCCUUCCGUAGUUUCCUGAACCGAGACGGACCCAGAGCCCUGGGAUCUAAACCCAUACCCACUGGAGCAGAGAACUGCCUGGAGGGUGGUGUGUUUGUGAUCUCUGGUGUGUUGGAGAGUAUGGAACGCGAGGAUGCGAAGUCCCUGAUAGAGCGCUAUGGAGGGAAGGUGACCGGUAACAUCAGUAAGAGGACGACAUACCUGGUGAUGGGCAGAGAUGGAGGAGUCGCCAAGACUGAGAAGGCGGAGGGGUUUGGAACAAAGAUCCUGGAUGAGGAUGGUCUGUUGGAGCUCAUCAGAAGUACACCAGGGAAGAAGUCCAAGUACCUGAUUGCUGCCGAGGCAGAGAACAAGGGAUUUAAGAGCAGAACACCGGACACCAAGACCACCUCCCGCACCCCCAAACAGUCCCCCAAAACUCGCUCCAUGACCCCCAGCCCCUCCAAACCUGGCUCAGCGUCAGGGCGAGGAGUCAGGGUAGGGGACAGCGUGACCCUCCCAGGGAGGGGUACAGGUUCAGGGGUCAAAAGAGGGCUGGACUUGGGGGGUAAGAGCCAAUCAUCUUCCUCCUCUGCCACUCUGUCUUUGCCCUCAUUCGCGGGUGAAGAUUUCAGUCUGCUGUGGGUGGAUAAGUACCGCCCCCAGAAUCUGAAGGCUGUGAUUGGUCAGCAGGGAGACCAGAGCCAAGCCAAUAAGUUGCUUCGCUGGCUGAAGAACUGGCACACCCACCAUGCAGUGGGAGGGGCUAAACCAGCAGGGAGAGGGUUUGGUAAGUUCACCAGUACUAAGGAUAAUGGUUCGAGCUUCAAGGCAGCCCUGUUAUCUGGACCUCCUGGCGUGGGCAAGACCACCACAGCUGCCUUGGUCUGUGAGGAGCUGGGCUACAGCUAUGUAGAGAUGAAUGCCAGCUGUACUCGCAGUAAGAACAGUCUGAAACAGGUGAUCGCUGAGUCUCUGAACAACACCAGUAUCAACAACUUCUACACAGGUUCGUCUCAGACAGUCAGUAGUAAACAUGUUCUCAUCAUGGAUGAGAUAGACGGCAUGGCCGGCAACGAAGACCGCGGAGGAAUACAGGAGAUGAUAGGUCUGAUUAAACAGUCCAGGAUCCCCAUCAUCUGUAUGUGUAAUGACCGUAACCACCAAAAGAUCCGCUCUCUGGCCAACUACUGCUUUGACCUGCGCUUCCAGAGACCACGACUGGAGCAGAUCAAGGGUGCCAUGAUGUCCAUUGCUUUCAAAGAGGGUCUGAAAGUCCCGCCUCCUGCCCUCAACGAGAUGAUCCUGGCAUCCAAUCAGGACAUCCGACAGGUCCUCCACAACCUGAGCAUGUGGUCGGCUAAGGACAAGGUCAUGACCUACGACCGGGUCAAAGAGGACGCCAACAACGCACGCAAGGACAUGAAGUUGGGUCCGUUCGACGUGUGUCGGAAGGUGUUCUCCAAGGGGGAGGAGUCAGGUCACAUGACGUUGAUUGACAAGUCGGACUUGUUCUUCCACGAUUACUCCCUGGCCCCCCUCUUCGUCCAGGAGAACUACAUACAUGUUAGACCUGCUGCUGCUGGUGGUGAUGUGAAGUCCCACCUGGUCCUCCUCAGUAAGACAGCUGAUUCUAUCUGUGAUGGAGACCUGGUGGACAGACAGAUACGUUCCAAACAGGCCUGGUCUCUACUGCCCACACAGGCCAUCUAUUCCAGUGUGUUACCAGGAGAGUUGAUGAGUGGUUAUAUGAACUGCUUCCCCUCGUUUCCCUCCUGGCUGGGAAAGUUCUCCUCCGGCAAUAAACACUCCCGGAUCAUUCAGGAGCUGGCCUCUCACAUGAGCCUCAGGACAUUAAGUAGCAGACAGGCAGUGAGCCUGGACUACCUCCCGUACCUCCGCAUGGCCCUGUUGUGUCCUCUUCAGAGGCAGGGGGCGGAGGGGGCCGGUCAGGCCGUCCAGCUGUUAGACGACUACCACCUGGUCAGAGAGGAUGUGGACAGCCUCAUGGAGAUCAGCCUCUGGGGGGGGCAGCCUGACCCCUACGCUAAACUAGACCCCAAGGUGAAAUCAGCGUUCACGAGGGCCUAUAACCGGGAGACCCACCUGACACCGUACUCCCUCCAACCAAUCAAGAAGGGCCGUCGUGGCGGGGGAGUGGAGGCAGAACCGGGAGGAGAAGGGCAAGAGGAACAGCCUGAGGAAGAGGAGGAGGAGGAAGGUGUUGCAGCUGACGCCAUGAUCAAAUUGAAGAAGGCCAAACCCUCCAAGGAGCCCAAGAAGGAGAAGACGACAGCCGGGGAUUCUGGGAAGGGAAAGGGCAAAGGCAAAGGCAAGGGCAAAGCCAGGAAGUGACCCCUAACCUCUCAGACAACAAAAAAGCGAACUGUACAACACCUCUUCUCUGACGUUCAGAAGAACAAACCCCUAAACGGAUUGACCACCACCUACCUGGUCUUAUCACCGUGGCGACCGGAGACAGAACCCUGGCUGUCUUCUUGAACCCCUUUAAACUUAGGAUGUGCAUCCCAAAGGGGACCCUAUUCCCUAUAUAGUGGCACUACUUUAGACCAGAGUCCCAUAGGGCCCUGGGUAUAAAGUAGUGCACUAUGAAGGGAAAACCCUAUUCCCUAUAUAGUGGCACUA